CACAACAGAGCCUGCCACUGGCAGAAACACGCACGGUUGUUGCCUACGAAUUUGAAGCUUUGCGCAGAGUAACCAUGGCUCGUAUGGCAGUUAGCAUUGCACUUCUCGUAACAGCACUCAUCGCUGUUUCCUUAGCGAUUCCUGGAGGUUGGUCGACAAAAGAACCCUCGUCGAGCCCUAAGUAUAAGGAACUCGCCCACUUCGUUGUCGCUCAGCGUGUAGAGGGGCUGCAGAAAUACGACACGGUUCUCAAACUAACCAAAGUGGAGACUCAGAUCGUCGCCGGCGUGAAUUACCGUCUAACCUUCACCAUUACCACCACUGAUUGCAUAAUAGCCGAAGUAGAGUACAACGCUGAACGUUGCCCACCUAAGAACAAUCAGGCGAAGGCGACCUGCACAGCUGUCGUCUACGAGAGGCCCUGGGAAAAUGUGCGGUCUCUGACUUCUCUUCGAUGCGCUUAGCUUCAAUAUUUGUGUACGCCUAAAACCAAACCAUUCCUACGUAAGGCUGAAUCGGUUAAAUUGUAGCGCGUAGAAGAAGAAAAGGACAAGUACAAUGAAAACUCGUCAGUAGGUCCGACCUUACAAAAUAUGUGCACAUGAUGUAGAAUGUGCGGUCAGUACGUCAAUACCAAAAAUGUUUAUUAAAAAUUGUUGAUUGCAUGAACAACAGUAGCCGCUACUUGUAUCAUCAAUAAUACAAAAAUAAAUACAAGCCAA